AUGCAGACUGAACAUAACUGUCAAGGACAAUGCAAUCAUCAUUGGACUGCUUCUAUUACCAAAUGUUACAACUGUCAAACAGUAACAACUCCUCUUUGGAGAAGAGAUGAUUCCGGAAACACCAUUUGUAAUGCAUGUGGACUCUAUUAUAAAUUGCACCACGUUCAAAGACCUGUGUCGAUGAAGAGAACUGUUAUAAAACGAAGAAAACGG